GUUGAAUUCGAAGUCGGUCUCGCGUACUUGAAAAUGGCUUCAGUCAUCAUGUUUGGUUUAGCCUUCACUUUGCUGGUGGCUUCCAGUGAAGCUCUGAGGAUCCUCGUAUUCUUUCCUCUGCAAGCAAGGAGUCACAGCAUAUUGGGGCACGGCGUUGCCAAUCGUUUACUAGAAGCUGGCCACGAGGUGGUGCAUAUAACUUCAUUUCCUCGAGAAAACCCAGUAACAAACUUGACUGAAGUAAGCUUGGAAGAGACGAGGAAAAUCACGAGCGCUGCGAUAGCAAAAGAUGAUACGUUCAAAAUCAAGAACAUGGUUGGCAGAGGAAAUUUCUGUGACUCCAUAUUCUUUAAGUACUUCGAGUACAAGGCCCAUGAGCGGAUCCUCGCAGCACCAGAACUGGUGGAAUUCCUCAAGGAUCCUUCACAGAGGUUUGAUGCUGUCAUCGUUGAGUGGUUCUUCUCCGAUUUUGUUGCUGGAAUAGCUCCGCUUUUCCAGUGUCCACUGAUCUGGUUCAGCGCUACAGAAGCUCACUGGCAAACCCUUAGGCUCAUCGAUGAAGUACCCAACCCAUCUUAUAAUGUGGACAUUUUCUCCUUUAGUAGUCCACCUCUGGGAUUGUGGGAGAGGACUAAAGAACUUUAUACGAUAAUUAAAAAGAUGAUUAUGUUAAGUGUAAUAUUCACCCCGCUGGAGAAAUCACUAUACAAUGAUGUAUUUCCAAGGAUCGCUGCCGCAAAAGGACUUACCAUGCCUUCCUACGAUGAAGCUGUUUACAAUGGAUCUCUCUUAUUGCUCAACUCCCAUCCAUCUAUUGGCACUCCGUUUAGACUCCCACAGAGUGCUAAAUAUAUUGCUGGAUUCUAUAUUGAUAGUACAAUUAAGCCUUUGCCUAAGGACCUUCAAAAACUGUUGGACGAAGCAAAGCAUGGCGUGAUAUACUUCAGCAUGGGCAGUAAUUGGAAAAGUGCAGAUAUGUCGGAUAACAUGAAGGCCUCCUUGCUCAACAUGUUCGCCAAAUUGAAGCAAACAGUGAUUUGGAAGUUUGAGGAAGAUAUGGAGAAGGUGCCAGCUAAUGUUCAUCUGGUGAAGUGGGCACCACAACUGGCCAUACUUGCUCACCCAAACCUGAAACUCUUCAUCAACCAUGGCGGUCUGCUAUCAACAACUGAGGCCAUACACUUCGGAGUGCCAGUAAUUGGCAUACCCCUUGCCGCAGACCACCAUGUAAACAUGCAGUCUGUGACCAACAAGGGUUUUGGUAUAUUGGUAACCUUGGCGGAAGAUAUGGCUAAUCACAUUUAUGAGGCUAUUCAGAUGUUGGGAAGUGCCACUUACAAAAUAAGGGCUAAAGAACUAUCGUUCAUCUACCAUCACCGAAACCAGAAGCCAGGAGACGAGCUGGUCUUUUGGAUCGAGCAUGUGGUAGCCACGGGUGGCGCCAAACACUUGAAGUCUCCCGCGUUGUCUGUACCGUGGUACCAGAAAAUGUACUUAGAUGUACUUGCAGUAUUGGUCGCAGUAUUAUUUAUAGCUUUUAAGUUGAUUAAGAGGGUAGUUAGGAAAGAAAACAGUUGUAUAGACAAGAAAGAGAAAACAAAAUCGAUGAUUCAGUCUACGGCACAACGCACACCGGCAGAUAGAGUAGAGUCGAGGGCGUGGACGUCCUUGGUGUCUUGUCUCUUUCAGAUGGUUAGAAACAUCAUCGCUUUUGGUUUAGCCAUAGCAUUGCUGGUGUCUUCCAGCGAAGCUUUGAGGAUCCUCGUGUUCUUCCCACUAUAUUCCAAGAGUCACAGCAUAUUGGGACACGGCGUCGUCAAUCGAUUACUAGAAGCUGGCCAUGAGGUGGUGCAUAUAACUUCAUUUCCCCGCGAAAAUCCAGUGGCGAAUUUGACAGAAUUAAGCCUGGAAGAGACAGGGAAACGAUGGAAAGCUGCGAUGGCAAACGAUGAAACAUACAAAAUCAAGAACCUAGUGGGCAAAGGGAACUUUGGUGACUCCAUAUUCUUCAUGUACUUCACGUACGAGAUCCACAAGGGGAUCUUCUCAGCACCAGAACUGGUGGAGUUCCUCAAGGAUCCCUCACAGAAGUUUGAUGUUGUCAUCCUGGAGUGGUUCUUCUCUGAUGUUAUCGCUGGGAUAGCUCCACUUUUCCAGUGCCCAAUGAUCUGGUUCGGGUCUACCGAAGCUCACUGGCAAACCCUUAAGCUCAUCGAUGAAGUACCCAACCCGUCCUACAAUGUGGACAUAUUCUCCGUCAGUACACCACCUCUGGGAUUGUGGGAGAGGACUAUAGAACUUUACACGAUGAUCAAAAAGAUGAUUUUAUUUAGUGUAAUAUUCACACCGCUGGAGAAAUCAAUGUACAACGAUGUAUUUCCGAGCAUCGCUGCUGCGAAAGGAUUUAGCAUGCCCUCUUACAAUGAAGCUGUUUACAAUGGGUCAUUCAUAUUUUUCAACUCCCAUCCAUCUAUUGGCACUCCGUUUAGACUUCCACAGAGUGCUAAAUAUAUUGCUGGGUACCAUAUUGAUAGUAACGUCAAGCCUUUACCUAAGGAUUUACAGAAACAUAUGGACGAAGCAAAGCACGGUGUGAUAUACUUCAGCAUGGGCAGUAACUGGAAGAGUGUGGAUAUGUCAGACAACAUGAAACUCUCUCUGCUCAACAUGUUCGCCAAAUUGAAGCAGACAGUGAUUUGGAAGUUUGAGGAAGAUAUGGAGAAGGUGCCGGCUAAUGUUCAUCUGGUGAAGUGGGCACCACAACUUGCCAUACUCGCUCACCCGAACCUGAAAUUCUUUAUUACCCACGGAGGUCAGCUAUCAACAACAGAGGCCAUACACUUCGGAGUGCCAGUCAUUGGCAUACCCAUAGCGGGGGACCAGUAUGUGAACAUGCGGUCUGUGACCAGUAAGGGAUUUGGUCUAUCAGUGACCUUGGCGGAAGAUAUGGCUGGUCACAUUUAUGAGGCUAUUCAGAAGAUGUUGGGAAGUGCCACGUACAAGGCAAAGGCUAAAGAACUAUCGUUCAUCUACCACAACCGCAAUCAGAAGCCUGGUGAUGAGUUAGUCUUCUGGACGGAGUAUGUGGUGGCCACGGGUGGCGCCAAGCACUUGAAGUCCCCCGCGUUGUCUGUACCGUUCUACCAAAAAAUGUAUUUAGAUGUACUUGCAGUAUUGGUCGCAGUAUUAUUUAUAGCUUUUAAGUUGAUUAAGAGGGUAGUUAGAAAAGAAAAGAAUCCGCAAGGCAAGAAAGAGAAAACGAAGUAGGCAAAUGUGAUAAAAUUUCGAGCCGCCCAAAUAGUAAAUAAAUAGAAGUUUAUUUUAAACAACAAAUACUCAUAAAAAUACUAAUUACCUAAAAGAUUACAUGUGAAUAUGAUGUGUACGUGAGUCACAUAUAUGGUAUGAAACCUAGGAGAACAAAGUCGCAGAUUUGUUCGCAUUAUUUGAGGACUAAGCAAAACCUUAAUUUUUUACUACCCGUUUGAUAGCUGAUUAAAGAAAAUUAGAUAAGUAGAUAAGUAUUAAAACAUUUUUCUAUAUGCUGAAAAGACUAUACUAAAGUAAUAUUGUUUUUGUAAUUAAUAUAAUA